AUGUCGCACCGCAAGAAAGUUCUGCUUAAGGUGAUCAUUUUGGGUGAUAGUGGCGUGGGGAAAACGUCGCUUAUGAACCAGUACGUGAACGAAAAGUUUAGUAGUCAAUACAAGGCCACGAUUGGUGCCGACUUUCUUACCAAGGAGAUCAUGCUGGACGACAAACUGGUGACGAUGCAAAUAUGGGACACGGCGGGCCAGGAGCGAUUCCAGAGUCUAGGUGUCGCCUUUUACCGUGGAGCUGAUGCAUGCGUGCUGGUCUAUGACAUUACCAACCCCAAGUCUUUUGAGAAGCUGGACACGUGGCGAGACGAGUUCUUGGCACAGGCAGGACCAAGAGACUCGGAUGCCUUUCCGUUUAUUGUACUGGGUAACAAGGUGGACAAGGAGUCGGAACGAAGAGUUCCCAAGGAGAAGGCGCACGAGUGGUGCCGUGGAAAGAACGUCCAACAGCCAAUUCAGCACUAUGAAACAAGUGCGAAAGAAGCGACGAGUGUGGAAGAAGCGUUUCAGACAAUUGCUGCUUCGGCUUUGCACAAGGGCCAUGAAGACGAUAUUUACGUACCUGAAACGAUUGAUCUCAGUUGCACAUCAUCGAAGCGGGAGAGCUCUUCAUGCUGCUAA